GUUGAUGAGCAUGAAGUAGUGAGAGAAGUACAGGAAUAUUUCGCAGAUUAUUGUGCAAUAAAUCCAGACUUUUACUCUUUGAAUCUUACAUAUCCACAAAAUCCGUUAUAUGGUGAUAGUCCGACGUCAUGGGAUGGGAGGACAUUUUCGCGGACAUUAGAGGGACUGUUGUCCGUAUUGUUGUCAUUGAAAAAGAAACCAUCGAUACGAUACGAGAAAAUGAGCGUGAUGGCAAAGAAACUAGCCCAGGAAAUAAACUACCAAAUGCAACAAGAAGGCCAGUUAUUUGAUUUCAGGAAAACAGAUAUUUCCACGAUAUUAUUAAUACUAGACCGUAGAAAUGAUCCUGUUACUCCUCUGCUCUCUCAGUGGACAUACCAAGCAAUGGUGCAUGAGCUGCUCGGAAUACAAAACGGUCGAGUCGAUUUAUCUGAUGUGCCUGAUAUUCGAGCCGAACUGCGAGAAAUAGUUCUUUCCCGCGACCAGGAUCCCUUUUACAGGAAAAACUUGUACCUCAAUCUUGGAGAUCUUGGCGCGAACAUCAGAUCCUACGUUCAAGAAUAUCAAACAAGGACCCAAUCAAACAUGAACAUUGAAUCCAUAGCGGAUAUGAGGAGAUUUGUUGAAGAAUAUCCCGAAUUUAGAAAAUUGUCUGGAAACGUUACCAAACAUGUUGCUUUGGUGGGAGAAUUGAGUAGGUUGGUGGAAAAGGAGAAAUUGUUGGAAGUUAGUGAGUUGGAGCAGAGUUUGGCGUGUAAUGAACAACACAAUAAUGAUUUAAAGCACCUACAACGACUCAUCACAAGCUCACAUAUAUCGGAAACUAGCAAAAUAAGAUUAGUACUCUUGUAUGCAUUAAGAUAUGAAAAGGCACAAAAUAAUGCAAUCAAAUCUCUCGUGGGGCUCUUACAUCGUAGCGGCAUCAGCGAACAAAAAACAAUGUUAAUCGACACGAUGUUAGAAUAUGCAGGAGCAGAUAAACGUCAAGAUGAUCUCUUUGCUAAUGAAGGGUUUCUCGCUAGUGCAAGGAGUGCACUAAGAGGACUCCAAGGAGUCGAGAAUGUCUACACGAUGCAUACACCGCACUUGGCUCAGACGUUAGAACUUAUGAUUAAGGGCAAACUAAAAGAUACAAGUUAUCCAUUCCUCGACGGAGUAACAAAGGACAGACCACAGGAUAUUAUAAUAUUCAUGAUUGGCGGCGCCACAUAUGAAGAAGCGAAAUAUGUUGCAGAACUGAAUGCCUCUACGCCCGGCAUUAGGGUGGUAUUGGGUGGAACUGCAGUACAUAAUAGCGCGAGCUUUUUGAACGAAGUCCAAGAAGCUUUCCGUCGCUUUUCGGGUGGAUCAAGCUCUCGUCCUUCGCGAUUUGGUCAACAACCUCGGACUCGUGUUUGA